AUGGAGGUGGGCGCAGAGUCUGUAGACGGUCGGGACGGUCUCCGAGAGAGGCGAGGCUUGAGUGAGGCUGAGAGGCAGGAGCAAAACCCUGAUGUGCGGCCUCAGUCUGGGAUAAACGGGAUUCCAAAACAUUCCUAUUGGUUAGACCUCUGGCUCUUCAUCCUCUUCGACCUGGUGUUGUUUUUCUUCGUGUAUCUUAUGCCCUGUUACACUUUUAAGGUAUCAAUGCUUCUGCCUAAAGAGAACCCUUUAUACAAGAUGUGGCCUGAAGUAUCUAACUAUGAAGUGGGAUUUGAUUGA